AUGGGGGAGGGAGCCGCCACGUGUUGGGUGGGGCUGGGGGCUGGUGAGACCGUUCGGGCAGAAGGCACUAAGGGCCCGUGGGGACCCGUCGGCGGCAGGGGCCCAAGCGCCCCUUCUCCGCCCCCACCCCCACCCUGUGGGUCUGUCCGUCGCAAACUAGAGUCCCAGCCCGGGACCUGGCUGCCAGGCGGGCCCGCGAAGGGUGUCCGGAGGAGGUGCCACUCUGCCCCGGUCAGGACGGCCUUCUUCGACAUCCGAAAGGUGGGCUCUCUGGGUCCAGAGCCGGGCGUGGAUUCUGGCGCAGGGCACCGGCGCGCAAACACGCGGGAGGACGUGGGGGCGGGGGCGGGGGGCAGGACGGCCCACGCUGCACCCCCCACGGCAGGAGGCGCCAGGGGCCCGGGCGGGCUCCCCCCCCUUGCCUGGAUGCGGGCCGGGACCGCAGAACCCAGGGGGUGGGGGCCUCGGGGGCACAGAGCCCGGCCCUGGAGGAGGUCUGGAGGCAACGCCCGUCAGCACGAGCGGCCGGCAGUGGGGGCGCUGGGGUCGGCGGGAGGGAAAGGGCCUCACGGCGGCAAGAAGCCAGCCCUGGGCCGGGGAGGAGAAUUCGGGAUGGAAAAUCCCUCUCCAGGUUUUCUCCAUUCGGAGAACAAGGUCACACGGGGCUCGCCGGGAGAGUGGUCCAGGCCGCACACGCGGGCCAAGACGUGGGCGCGGAGCAUGGAAGAGGCACGCGUGCCCUCCUGGGGUGGCACCGACUGGAGCAGAGGACGUUUCGUUUCAGGCGCCUGGAGAGCCCUCAGCAGAGCCAGCGGGCGGGAGGAGGAGCUGGCCGCUCCCCCGUCUUCUCAGAAGAGUCAGCGAGAGGCUUCUUUUUGCUGCCGAGUUGCCACAGUUACCAAACCAAGCACAGCUUUGCCCCGAGCACCCAAGUCUGUGCAGUCACGUGAGCUGUUCCUGGCUGUUUCAGCCCUUGGCGCGCACGUGUGUCCCCGAGAGCGAAACCCUGGGCAACGCGGGGUCUCCGUGUCUCGCAGGGUCCUGCCUUUUCCUUGUUGUUUUGAGUCUGUCCUUCCCUGGUUAUCGUGUCAAGGGAGCUUCGUGUGUGAUUCACACACCGUGACUCAGAACGAACAGAAGGACGGCCCUUCCGCUGGCACCGGCGCCCCCGCUCCGCCUGGCGAGUGGGAUCAGCGGCCUGCCAGCCUGCGCCCCCGUGCCAGCCGCGGGUGUCCCGGCCGCCCCACGGCCGCUGGCGUCACUGGCGCGCGAGCUGAUGGCAGGAGCAGCGGUGCCGCAGGCCCCCUGCCCACGCGUCCUGCGUUUCUCCUUGUCCUAGAGUUUUGUGGCUGCGUCCGUGCCCACGGCCCCUGCACGUCCGUGGCUAUUUCAGUGUGUGCCUGGGCUGCCAGCGAGAGGCCUCCACGGCACCCUGACCUUGGCUCCCGUGGGCUGGCUGGGCCUCCAUGGCAGGUGGGCAUCUCGGAGGGCCUGGCACCCCUCCCGGCCUCCAGGGGCCACGUCCUCCCCCCUCCCCCCGGGCCAGGGCCGCCCGUCUCGGGAAGGAGGGCUCCCGCCUUUCAGGAGCAGCGACUGUUCUCGCGGGGUCUCGUGGCUGAGUCCCCAGCCCACGUCCGCUCUGUGCGGCCGCACCGCACACGUCCCACCCGUGGAGGGGGCACGGGCCGCUCCUCAGAGCGCCACCCAGUGCUCAGGGCUCCCAGGCGCUCGGGUCGGACACCCAGGCUCGGCCUGCGCGAGCCGCGGUCUCCUGGCCUGCGGGACGGGCUGGUUAUGGCCCAGGGCACGGGGCAGCCCGAGGGGCCUGAGCGGGAUCAGGCCACGGUGCCCGCCGGUGGCCCCCGGCCUCUGUUCACCCGCCAGCGUGUCCCGCAGGCCCCGCAAGGCCACGGAAACACGUGCAACCCCAGGGCAGACAGAGGCCUUGCACGCGGCGUCCAUGCCUUCUGA